AUGAGCUAUGGCAGCUUCAUCCUGCCCACCCUGUUUGGUAUCAUCUGUCUGGGCAUUAUUGGUAACAGCCUGGUUAUCUGUACAGUCUUAAAUCUGGCUAGCAGUAGCAUCCCAGAUACCUUCAUUAUCAGCCUCUCCAUGGUGUAUCUGCCCUUCCUCAUCCACCAGCUGCUGGGGAGCAGAGCCUGGUGCUUUGGGGAGACAAUGUAAGUCAUCACUUCCCUGGAUGCCAACAACCAGUUCACCAGCACCUAUAUCCUCACCACUAUGUCCAUUGACUGCUACCUGGCCACCAUCUACCCCUUCACCUCCACUUGCUUCAGGAAGCCCCCUGUGGCAAUCCUUGUCACCUGUGCACCCUGGGUCCUCUCCAUCCUCAGCAUUACACCUGCUUGGAUGUAUGCUCAGCUCAUCCCUUUGCCUGGAGGUCUACUAGGCUGUGGGAUUCAUCUGCCAGACCCCCAGAGGAACAUUCAUUGGUACACUCUCUACCAGUUCUUCCAGGUCUUUGAUCCCUUUGGCUUCAUCACAGUGGCUUACAGGAGGAUCCUGCUCAAGAUGGCCAGGUCCUCAGAAGCACUGAUGGGCCACAGAUGCACGAGGGCUCGAGCAAAGAGGCUGACCCAUACAGCAACUGCCAUUUGCGUCGCCUUCAUCUGCUGGGCACCUUUCCACAUCCUGCAAGUGGCCCAGCUCACCAGCCCCACUCUGCUUUUCCACUAUGCCUACAAUGUGGCUGUUGGCCUGGGGUUUGCCAACAGUUGUCUGAACCCCUUUAUAUCUUGCUGGGCCAAAAUUUCCAGAGGUGGCUCGGUGUUUGUGGAAGGCCAUCUACUGCAGGGCUGGCUUCCCCAAAUGGGAGCAAAAGCAUGUGAGAGGAUGCAAUUGGGUCAGGACAGCCACUGCUGCAUUUGGUGUCCAUCUCUGGUAGGUAUCAAGACCCACAGGAUUUCAGGUGUGCCUCUACAAGCCAGCCACUCCUCUUGCCUGAGGAAACAGUUGGUGGCAGGCAGGUGA